UUAUUGUAUUUAUAGGGAUGCAUAUCCCCCUUUCUCUAAUCGUAGGAAGAAUUUAAUAGUAUAUUAAAUAUAAUUCUUCAAGGUUAGUAAUCCCCAAAAACAAUGACUAUUAAACAAAAAGUAUUAUUCAUUGGGAAGUUAAAUACCCAAGCUGAAAUAUAUAAACAAUUCCAUCGUACUUUUGAAUGUAUACAUUAUCAGAUCUCUUCAAAAGAAGAGUUGAUCCAAGAUUUCCAAACUAAUUUAGCCGAUGUUGAAGCCAUUUAUGGUGGUUGGGGUGGAUUCGAUUCAGUUGGAGGUUUUAAUGGUGAAGUAUUAGAAUUUUGUCCACCUGCAUUAAAAAUUGUUGCUAUUUGCUCUAUUGGAUAUGAUGGAUAUGAUGUAAAUGGAAUGCGUAAAAAGGGUAUAACUCUUACAAAUGUUCCAUCUAUGAUUGCAUCUGAAGCUGUUGCUGAUUUGGUUUUAUAUAAUACAAUUCUGAGUUUCAGAAAUUUCAAAUUUUUUGAAAACAAUUUUAAAGAUAAAUAUACUAAUACUGGAGUGUUAAGAACUUCUUUAGUUCAUAGCAAAUUUGAUUCCUUUAAUGGACAACCAAUUAUUAAGCCUAUUACUGGUCACUCGUUUGCUCAUUCUGCAUGUGGAAGAGAAAUCUUAUCACCUCGUGGACAUAAUGCUGUUAUUGUAGGAUUCGGAAGUAUUGGUAAAUUAAUUGGUCAAAGAUUAUCUUCAAUUGGAAUGAAUGUUCAUUAUAUUAAAAGAUCAAAAAUGUCAGAUAGUGAGGCCUCUCAAUUGGGAUAUGAAGCUACUUACCAUGCAUCAUUAUCUGAAGUUAAUGAUAUUGUUGAUUUGUUAAUUAUUGCUUGUCCCGGAUCUGCUCAAACAAAACACAUGAUAAAUGAGACAACUAUCAAUGCUAUAUCUAAACCAUUCAGAAUUAUAAAUAUUGGUAGAGGUUAUAUUAUUGAUGAAAGAGCUUUAAUAGAAGGUUUAAGAAGUUCCAAGAUCUUGUUUGCUGGUUUAGAUGUAUUUGAAUAUGAGCCAGUUGUUAAUCCUGAUUUAAUAGGUAGACAAGAUGUAGUUUUAACUCCUCACAUCGGAUCUUCAACUACUGAAAAUUUUAAUUAUACCAUGUGUACUGCCAUGGAGAACAUCAAAACAGUACUUUUAAACAUAGACGGUGAUAUCACCAGAGUCAAUUAAUUCAUCGAGAUUCUCAUUUUAUAUAUUCUUCAUUUUUCAGUUCUACAUCUUACAUAUGUCUUUGGUAUUAUAGAGUUUUUUAAUAGAUAAUUUGCAAAUAUUUUUAAAAAUUUUGUUUGCUG